UCCUCUGAAAUCCAAAAGGAAAUCCCCAUUUUUCUGGUUUCACAAAACCAAAUCCCUAACUCUCUCUCUUUCUCUCUCCUUUUCUUCUCCGGCGAGAAUUUGCCGUUCGACCACCAAACGCAGCUGUCCGACGGAGAACUCAAGCCGCCCACACAUGACGAUUCCAACAGCCGCCGUCUAACCCAACCGCGCGGCAGCACAGUCGCGCCUCCCUUUCGGACGACGCCUAACCAUCACUUCUCGCCCUCAGCUCGGUUCAGCGACUCCACGCUACAAGAACUUCCUAUAAAAAUGAAGGGUAAAUACGCUAUGCUGCACAAGUUGAUGAAGCAAAAGUUCAUAUUGUAUUACAACGCGUAAAAGCUACAACGUUUUGCACUGGAAAAUCGGUGGAUGGAAUUAUCUGAUAAGGAAUCUAGGACGCCGUGCAGGAUUGGUGACAGAUCAACGAGCGACGUUGUUGUAAGGAUUAGAACACAGGAAGGGCGUGAUGAUUGGAUAUACUGUCAUUCGCAUAUUCUUGUAGAUAAAUGCAAGUAUUUUGCUGACCGAUUAUCUGACAGUUGGCCGACAUGCCAGAUUCUUGACUCGCGUAAUUGUGUUGAGGUUUAUUGUGAAGAAUCCGAUUUUGACCAUUAUAUUGUCAUUCUUAGACUUUUCUAUAUCACCUCAGAUGUGACUGUGGCAGAUAUAGGCAGUGUUAAGAAUGCUCUUGGCAUUUUGAGAGUUGCGAUUCAUCUGGUAUGCCCCCAAAUUGUUUCCACGUGUGUAGGCUAUUUGGAAGCAGUCCCUUGGGAUGAAUCUGAGGAAGAAGAGAUUUUGAAAGUUAUUCCUGGAAUGGGAUCCCAAGCAGAAGUGGUACUUGCUCGUUUGCAGCCAGUCAAUCCUUUGGCUGUUGUUAAGAUUUUCAUAUCAGCCAUCCAAUUUGCCACAUCUUCUCCACCGUCUUCAAUGAAUGAUCUGAAGGUGUCAUCUCAGGAGCAGCUUGAGUACCUGCUGACCGAGGAUGAUGACGCUCCUCUGUUAACUGCUGACGAUGAAAUCAAAAUGGAAGCGAAGUUAUGCGUCAACAAAUUACUAAUGAGAUUCGUUAACCUUGUGGAUUCUUUGGUUGGUGAUCUCCAAGAAUCAAUGGCUGAAGCAGGGAAGAUUGAGUUGUUCCAGGCCUAUUUAAAUGAUUUAUCAUGGGCUUCUCAAAUAGUAACAAAGUUGGAAAUCUCUAGUGAUUUUGUUCUCACCUGGGUGGAGACAUCUGUAAAGAUAGUGAAAGUUGCUGAGGAAGCGUGUCGAGAAAGUUCACUACAUGUACAGGUGAAAGUUCUUGAGAUCGCUGUCAAAGUGUUGGAAGCUAUAGGGUACGGAACUCUCAUUUUGCCAACUGUGAAGCGCCUUCAAAUGGUCAAAGUCUGGCUUCCAUUCGUUAGACUCGUGAAGCCCUCAGUUGACUCCCUCGCUUCUGAUGACGACAAUGACAUGCUUUUGAAAUCCAACGACGAGCUUUGGCAAUCAUUGGAAUCAGCGUUUGUGUCAAUGAUCCUCGCAUUGCCAUCAUCAGACCAAGCAGAAAUCUUGACAGAGUGGUUUGAAAAUAAACAGAUCCGCUACCCGGACUUGACUGAAGCAUUUGAAGUGUGGUGCUACAGAUCGAAAGUUGCCAAGCGAAGGCUGGCAUUGCACGAUGGAAACGACCUAACUCCUAACAGAGUAUGAUGAGUCCGGCUUUUCUCGAUGAAUUGCAUCAGUCUUCUAGUAAGAUUGACAAUUGACAAUUCAACAGCAGUGUGUACUAAUUCAUGUAGAUAAGGUGUGUGUUUCAGUGUAAUUUUUACUCUACAUAGUUUUGAUGCAUUAAGUUCUGAGGAUUAUUUAAAUUAUUUGACAGUACUACUUUCUAA